AUGAUCCUCAUAUCCUCAUCGCAACGUCAUCCGGUGGUGCUAUUGUACUUGUGUCUCAUUGCACUUGCGAUCGUCUUUUUUAUUCCUUUGGUGUGGUACAGCAGCCCCUCAUCGUCGAAGGCUCAGCAUGUGUCCUUGGAUGACCAUCCGAAUCUACGACAAGAGCAUGGUGUGGCAUCAAUACCAGCAUGGCAAAACAGCACACGCGCCAAGGCAGCUUUUGUAAUCUUGACAAGGAACAAGGAAGUCGACGGCGUACGGCAGGCUAUGCGACAACUUGAAGCGCGUUUCAACCACAAGUUCAACUAUCCAUAUGUCUUUUUGAACGACGAGCCAUUCACUGAAGAGUUUAAGCAUCUCACAAGCAGCCUUACAUCAGCCGAGACAAAAUAUGGAUUGAUCCCUGUUGAGCAUUGGAGUGUCCCAAGUUGGAUCGAUGAUGAAAAGGCCGCCAUGGAAAGGAAAAAGAUGGAGGAAAAUGAUAUUCUAUAUGGUGGUAGCUUAGCGUAUCGCCACAUGUGUCGGUUCGAGAGCGGAUUCUUUUAUCGACAUCCACUGAUGGAGGAAUAUGACUAUUACUGGCGUGUCGAGCCAAACGUGGAGUUUUACUGUGACCUGGAUUAUGAUCCUUUCUUGUUCAUGCAAGAGAACAAUAAAAAGUAUGGCUGGACCAUUGCCUUGCUGGAGCUCGAAUCCACGGUGCCUACAUUAUGGUCGACCGUGAAAUCGUUCAUGAAGGAAUACCCAGAGCUCGUUCCCAAGAAUAACGUCAUGGACUUCGUAUCAAAUGAUGGUGGCUACUCGUACAAUCUAUGUCACUUUUGGAGCAAUUUUGAGAUUGGUGACCUGAACUUCUUACGAGGCGAGGCGUAUUCAACGUUCUUUGAUUACCUUGACAAGGCUGGUGGUUUCUUUUACGAAAGGUGGGGAGAUGCUCCUGUACAUUCCAUUGCCGCAUCACUCUUUUUAUCAAAAGACGAGAUCCACUUUUUCGAUGACAUUGGCUACCGACAUGAUUCAUUCAUGCAUUGUCCCAUGGCGCGUGAGCUUCAAAAGAAAUGCCAUUGCGAUGCACAAGACACUUUUGACCUCACGUCAAAUUCAUGUUAUCGACGAUGGAUCAAGAUUGAUAGCUGA